UGGUUACUCACUCGCAGUCUUUCACCGGGCCUCGCAAACAUACACUUUAGGAAGGACAUUAACGUUAGCUUAAUGCAAAAAUGUCAAAUACUUUUAGGCUUUAUAUAAAAAACGCGAAGCAAGUGGUAUUAGUUUGUAACAAUGGGGAAAGGUUCCUUACUAAGGAAGGAAUGAAAAACCUGUCGGUUCUUGAGAAUUGCAGUUUGAUUAUCGGAAAAGAUGGACUGCUGAAAGCUGUGGGGCCAGCUGACUCGAUACAAUCUCGUUUCGAAGGAGCAUCGUUUGAGAAAGUGAUUAAUGCUUCGGGAAUGUGCGUUAUACCAGGGCUGAUUGAUGCUCAUUCUCACCCUGUAUGGGCCGGGGACAGAGUCCACGAAUUUGCAUUGAAGCUUGCAGGCGCCACCUACAUGGAGGUGCACCAGGCUGGAGGGGGGAUCCAUUUCACCGUGACGCACACUCGCCAGGCCUCCGCAGACCAGCUGCUGUCCAGCCUGACCCAGCGGCUGGGGCGCAUGCUGCGGUCUGGGACCACGCUGGUGGAGUGUAAGAGUGGCUAUGGGCUGGACCUGGACACGGAGCUCAAGAUGCUGAUGGUGAUCGAGAGGGCCCGGCGGUCACUGGACGUCGGCAUCUCAUCGACCUACUGCGGAGCGCACGCCGUGCCCAAGGGAAAAACGGUUGCCGAGGCAACGGAGGACAUCAUUAAGGUCCAGCUGCCAGCGCUGAGGGAGAAGAUGGAGCAGGGGGAGCUGAGCGUGGACAACAUCGAUGUGUUCUGUGAGAAGGGUGUGUUCGACCUCGACUCCAGCCGGGCCAUUCUGCAGGCGGGGAAGGACAUGGGCCUGCAGAUCAAUUUCCACGGAGACGAGCUCCAUCCCAUGAAUUCCGCUCAGCUAGGUGCUGAACUCAAUGCACUAGCCAUCAGUCACCUGGAAGAAGUGACCAAUGAUGGCAUAGCAGCCAUGGCUAAAGCUGGAACAUCAGCAGUCCUUCUGCCAACUACAGCAUACAUACUGAGAUUGCCUCAGCCACGGGCACGAGACAUGCUGGAUCGUGGAGUCAUUGUGGCUUUGGGCAGCGACUUCAACCCCAAUGCCUACUGCUGCUCCAUGCCCAUGGUCAUGCAUCUGGCCUGUGUCAACAUGAGGAUGACCAUGAAUGAGGCCUUGGUUGCAGCAACCAUAAACGCGGCCUACGCCCUGGGCCUGUCCCAGAGCCACGGCUCCCUGGAAGUGGGAAAGCAGGGAGACCUGCUGAUUCUCAACUCCUCACGGUGGGAGCAUUUGAUCUAUCAGUUUGGAGGCCACCAAGAGCUUAUUAAAUAUGUCAUCAUUAAAGGUAAUGUUGUUUAUGAAAAUGACAAAGUUAUGGACUUGUAACAUCUUCUAUGCCCCUGGUGUUUGAAAAAAUGUGUGAUAAAUAAAACUUUGUUCUGCAUUG